AUGACCUCCCGGCCCCCCUUGGGCGUGCAGCAGCGACCGCCGCCCCAGCACAAGCUGAGCGGGCCGACUCUGUCGCAGCGCCCGGCCGCCGCCCAUCAGCGCGCCCUUUCGCAACAUCAGCAGCAGCCGCAGAAACAGCAGCAAAAACAGCAGCAACAGCAGCACCCGCAACAACAACAGCAACUACAACAACAACACAUUCAGCAACAGCAAUCACAGACACAACAGCAAUCGCAGUCGCAGCAAUUCCCACCACCCUCUCCCAUACGCAAAGACGCCGCUAUCUCUGCGCUCUACGACUUCCCCCCGGUCGACUCCGCUGAUGGCGCGGCCCCUCGACACGGCGUCCAACGCCGGGCCGGCUCACGCCUCAAACUAGAGUUAUCUCGCGAUGCCACCGACUCUUUCGUAACGCACACACUGGCCACCGAGUCCCCGAACACCGUCGAAUCGUCGAAGCCUUUUACGCCCUCGCGAAUCAUCCCCCACACCGACUCAUCUGACCUAGGAGAUAUGAGUCCACAUCUCUCGGCUCACCCGUUGAGCGUCGAGGAGGAUGUCCCGUUCCCCAUGCCUUGCCGGCCGCCCCCUUUUGUCGCGAGCAACCCACGCCGCGGGAUGCCCCCUCCACCGACGAACCCGAACCCGAUCAAAAAAGAGACCCGUCCGAAGCCCUACACCGUCGAACCGCCCGCUGCGGCCCCACGAUAUGCUACACCAGCCGACUCGAAGAGCAGGACGAAUGGCUUUGCCCCGCCACCAAAGACGGGAUAUGCCGACUUCUCUCCCUGGACCGGCCAUCACCCCGAGGACCAAUUCUCCGACAAUGUGAUCCGGAAUGGGUAUUAUGAUAAGGGCUCGUUUGCUACCGCCGAGACACAGUCGGCUAAGAACAUCCUGUUCCCGGCGUUGAAGCACAAGACGGGUCUGGGCGCGCUCUCCUCCGUAUUCACGGCGAUCUUGGGACAAAGGAGGCACACGGGACAAAUCACAGCCCCCUCCACCUUCAAGCCACCCCCACGUGUCACGCUGACCGAUACCAAACGAGACCUUUGGCUAAAGGACCUCGCGAACCCGGCCAUUCUGCUCCGCCGGCUCAGCCGGACGAUUCCUCACGGCAUCCGCGGCAAGGUCUUACUCGAGCAAUGUUUGAACAAACAUGUGCCUACGGACCGCGCUGUUUGGCUGAUCAAGUGCGUCGGAGCAAAUGAGAUUCGCGCAACCAAACGGAAGGGCGUGAGCACCUUGGUUAUGGGCGGCGAAACCAGAUGGAUUAAGGACUGGACUGUUUCCGUCGAACAGUUCAUUGAAAGUGUGUACUUUGCCUUUGACCAGGAUGACUGGAAAGCCAAAGUUCAUUACACAACCCGACUGGCGGCACAUUUGUAUGCCGAGCAGCUUCUCGAUCGCGAGCACUAUUCGGAGUGGCUCGUCUCGAACCUUGAAAAUAGCACUGAUGCAAAACUUCCCAUGUGGUUGCUCAUGACGCAGCUGUACUGGAAAGAUUUGUUGAAGCUGAGAAAGUACGGGCGCAGGUUGGUCGCCGCUCUCAUCAGCCACCAUAACCUAAUAUAUAAUCACCCCGAUAAAGAUAUCCUUCACCCGCUGCUCGACAACCUAACUCAAUGCCUCAACGCCCUGAUCCUGAGCAGCCCCGAGAACUUCGUGGCCCCAUCAACAUGGUCCAAGUAUCGGGAAGCGUUAAAAGCGUGUCUGCCCGCUGGCGACGAAGCUAGGCACAGCGCUUUCAGCGCCAUCAGCCUGCGUAACGAACAGCUCGCUGCGGCCGCCAACCGUUCACAGCCGGCCGCUCGCCACAUCCUCGUGCGGAUGCUUGACGGAACGCUCCAAGCCCCCAUGCCGGACGAACUCCCCUCGCAGUGUUGGGGGAUUUCCAAGGACAAGGAGGCCUUGGCCCAAGCUCUGCUCGAGUGGUGUACCUCGCUGUAUCGCCCCGGUUUGGCAAAAGUCUACGUCGCGAGCCGGAUCCUACAGCACUGGCGCACCCUAGGCCUGGACACGACAACCGCGGUACUCGCUUUUCUCGAGGCCGACGCUUGCGAGGAGAGGGACCGCAAACCGAUGCUGUAUCACCUAGUCUGCGAGCUUGUUCGGUCCGGGGUGUUCUCCGUCCCAGUCUACAUUCAGUGGCUGAUGGCCCGAGGCGGAGCGAGGAGUCCGGAGCUUGUCUCGAGGGACGGGCCAGGGCCAACCCGCUUACUCGUCGAGGUCCCUACCCACGCCCUUACGCCAUCGCAACGGGAUCUUAGGGGCGAGGUGCUACGGCGCGCCUCGUUUAGUGUCUCGGACGCCGCAGCUGACGUCGAGUUGGCGGUCAAGCACCUCCAGCGUGCGCUAGGGAUGCAGGUGGAGGCUUCCGACCUCAAGCCCUUGUCGCUCCCCAAGUUGACAAAGCGGAUCGCGUCCGCAGACCGUUCCCUGAAAGCCGAGCUAGGCCAAUGGCUCCGGGCCAACGUUGCUGUGCACGUUGAGGAAAUGGAGAAGGAGGGUAGCCAAGCUGGGGAAAUCGCGCCUUCGGUUUUCUACGCCGUGCGAUCCGUACUGGAGGCUGCCGAGGAUUUUUCUAUCUUGGGCGAUAUCCUCAAGAUGCUCACGAAACACUCGAACGUAGAGAUUCUUGCUGCGAUCACCGACACCGUCAGCCGGCAUUUCCUAAUCUUUUCGGCCCUGGGCGUUGCCUCGCCCCUAUUCCGCAGUCUCCAUCAACGCCUUAGAGCGGCCGCUCAGGAACAGGGACUUGCCCUUCGCCCCCUUCUGGCCUCGCUCGUCACUCUUGCUCCUAGGAUACCUGGUAUGGAGGAGCUCGCGUCGCAACUUAGGAAAGACCUCGCGCUUAGCGACCGCCAGAACCCUGUGGAUGCCUGUUCGCCGGUAUCCGACAACAUGGUGGCUCGACUGCAGGACGAUGCGGGCGAGUUGCACGAGGAGAUUGAGAAGCUGCUAGCAGGCGGCUCGAGCGUGGACCGGAACACGAUGGAGCGGUUGUUUCAGACGAUCGUUCAGCGCUUGCAGGCCAGCUGGACGAAAGCAAGCGACAAGCAACGGGCUUACAGCAGCCUGCUGGGCCGGUUGCGCCUCUUCAACGCGCAGCACUUUGACGGCCUCAUGGUGAAGUGGCUCUUGAGCCUCCGAACGCUUGGUAACCGGCCGUCCAUCCUCCGCAUCUUGCCGCUGCUCGUGUCGGUUGGGUGUGUGGAUAUGGUGGCGAUUCUGGCCACGACCUCGGAUUUUUCCGCCGGGCAGGGCGUGGCCCACGCGCGAACACCUGCCGCAGCCGCGGCCACAGCCGCCUCGACACCUCAGGUUGUGCAAAUUACUUACCGGACGAGAUACAUGCAGGAAGUACUGCAGCUACUUACUGCGCCGAUCCGGCUGGAUGACCUGCUGACCACGGAUGAGGUUUAUCGGUUUUCCAUUCUCCAGGAGCAGGCCGUGAGGGAAUCCCCCAAGGAGGUCCUCGGUCUAAUAUUUCUUGCGUCGGCCGAGUACUCGUAUGCCAAGGCGCAGAACGACUUGGAAGGGUUGCCCCUGGAGUCGGAAUCAGUGCAACGGAACCUCCUCGAGCUGCUUAAACGGCUGAUCUUGAGGGAUGCCGCCGGCGUAGUCAGAUUGUUGGGCAUCAAGAGUCCGAAUGCCCAGGCCGGGGGGUGGAUGGACAACGUGACGACCAAACUGUUGGUUCCUACCGCUGACGGCUCCCCCCGCGUCUCCUUUGACCAGGUGCUGGAGCUCACCAACGAGUUCACCCUGCCGUUUUGCCAAGUAAAGCUGGCGCUGAGCUUGAGCGCCAACGAGCAGGCUGGCCAUGAGAGCACCGAGCGGCAACAGUCCCAUGUCGAGCUUUUCGCGAACGCCAUGGACAAAGCUAUCAGCGUGGGCAACAUCUCGUGGGUCGGCAUGCUCAGCUGUCUCAGCCCAGAGAUCACGCAGCACCUCAAGGUGCGCGCCCAGACUCGCUUCCUCGACCUCCUCCCCUCUUUCCGCAACCCCCCGCGAGCGGACGACACUCUCGCCCAGAAUCUCCAGAUGGCCGAGAACCUCCUCUCUGUGAUCGACGCCAUCAUGCGUGGCAGUCCCCAGGGGUCACGUCAGCCGCAGCUCUCGCCCGCCGUGGCAGAGAAGCUCGUCGAUCUCUGGGAGGUUCUGGCUGCACGGUCCGACGAUCAGAGUCAGAGUCGGAGUCCGGACGCCAUGAUCAUCGAUUCUGUGGACCCCGACGACGAGAUUUUCGCUGCUUCAACGCAAGCGAACAACAACCCCAAGACAACCGUCCUUGCCCACUGGCUGCCACUGGUGCUCAACUUCAUCACCCUCCACGCCCACGCCUUCGAUCUCUCCAAACCCACCAGCGACGUACGCGCCAAGAUCCUCGUCGCCUGCGCCGGCCUACUUCAGGAACUUGACGCCCUUCACCUACCAGGCACAGGCAUCGACACUCAGCCCCUCAGCCGCCGCGUGUUUGACCUAUCCUGUCUACUGGUCGACAACCUAGCCGAAGACGCACGACUGAUGUGUGUCCGCGCGGUCAAGGACUGCGCCGGGUCAGAUGCGCGGUUGCGGUACCUAUUCAGUUUCUCUUCUUCCCUCUCAGGCGGCUGUGCCGCAGAGGGCGGUGGGGAUGGCGGAGGGACAUUGAUGCUUGCGCAUCGUGAAAAACCGGGUAUGGGGGGGAUUACUACCACACCAACCACCGGCACGAUGCCCACACCUGGGGCCGCCAUACAGCUACCCGGCGGUUUGCUGGGCACGCCGACGUCGUUGUGGGGGGGGGUGGAUCGCAGCCAGACGGGGGAAAGGCUCAGUGUGUUUCAUUUCCGGCGGUGGGAGAUGUUGAAUGAGCCGACGCCGAAUGUGGGGGAGAAUGAUACGGCGUUGAGUUUGGGGUUGUUUGAGGCGCGGAGGGUGCAGUGA